AUGGAGCAAAGGGAUGUUAAGAUGGAGGGCGAUGACCAUCCCAUGGCGGAAGCCGAGCCCAUGAAUGGCUCUGGUAGCACCCGAGCCGACGGCGACGGCAGCCCGUUCAACUCCGUCGACUAUGGAUCGGAGAGCGAGCCUGACGAAAUUUCUGUCGCUCUUCAGCUGCUUCAUCGCCGUGGUCUACUCCCUACGGGAUGCUGCUACGAUGACCGUAUGAAAUUACACAUGAAUGCAGACUUUAGCCCAAAUACACACCACCCGGAAGACCCGAGGCGCAUUCAUGAGAUCUUCAAAGCUUUUAAGAAAAUGGGCCUGGUCUAUACUGGUCCACAAACUGAGCUGCCCCGGAUCAUCAAGGAGUCCCCUACCAAAUAUAUGUGGAGGAUUCCCGCGCGACCAGCGCGAAGAGACGAAAUCUGCCUGGCCCAUUCCGCCGAGCACUUGACAUGGGUCGAAAGCAUCGACAAGCUAAGCUCCGCUGAACUCCGUGCACUCACCAGGCAGUUUGAUCAAGGGCGCGAGUCACUGUAUGUGGGUAGCAUGUCUUACCCUGCAGCCUUACUCUCUGCUGGCGGCGCUAUUGACACGUGCAAAAACGUCGUCGAAGGCCAAGUCAAGAACGCUUUUGCAGUAAUUAGGCCACCGGGUCAUCAUGCAGAAUACGACCAGGCCAUGGGGUUCUGUUUCUUUAACAAUGUGCCUGUGGCUGUGCGUGUCUGUCAACAAGAUUAUCCUGACAUCUGCCGUAAAGUUCUGAUCCUGGAUUGGGAUGUGCAUCACGGCAAUGGGGUUCAGAAUAUUUUCUACAACGAUCCUAAUGUUCUAUACAUCUCCAUCCACGUGUAUCAAAACGGUUCCUUCUAUCCUGGAAAGUCGCCGGACCCCAGCGUUCCUGACGGCGGAGUAGAGAACUGCGGUAUUGGACCAGGUCUUGGAAAGAAUAUCAAUAUCGGGUGGCACGAUCAGGGCAUGGGGGACGGAGAAUACAUGGCAGCCUUUGAAAAGAUUGUCAUACCCAUCGCGAAGGAGUUUGAUCCUGACCUGGUUGUCAUUUCGGCUGGUUUUGACGCUGCCGAUGGAGACGAACUCGGUGGCUGCUUCGUCACGCCACCAUGCUACGCCCACAUGACCCAUAUGCUAAUGUCUCUGGCCGAUGGCAAGGUUGCUGUCUGCCUUGAGGGCGGUUAUAACUUGCAAGCCAUUUCCAACUCGGCCGUGGCCGUUGCACGAACUUUGAUGGGCGAGCCGCCGCCUCGCAUGAAGGUUCCAAAGAUUAACAAGGAAGCGGCGCGAACUUUAGCCAAAGUCCAGGCGUACCAAGCUCCAUAUUGGGAAUGCAUGCGCCUAGGAGUCGUCAAUGUCCCGGAAACGCAGACACUCAAUGGAAACCGUCUUCAUGAUGUCAUUCGGAGUGCGCAGCAGCAGGCUCUGCAGGCCAAACAUAACAUGGUACCGCUCUACGUGCAGCGCGAUCGAAUUUCCAAGUCCUUUGAAAACCAAGUACUGGUCACUCCAAACCUUCAGGAUGCCAAACGGUCAUUAGUAAUCAUCCACGAUCCGCCGCAGCUGCUGGCCCAGCCUGACGUUAUUGAUGGAUCUUUGGACAGCCACAACUCUUGGGUGGUAGAUGGUGUUAUACAAUAUAUCGAUUGGGCCGUUGACCGGAAGUUUGCGGUUAUGGACAUCAACGUUCCAGCCUACGUGUCGCAGGACGAGGAUAUGGAGGCUUUUAUUCCGGGCUUCAAAGAGCGGGCGCUUCAGGAGCAGAUGCAGUCUUUAAUGUGCUAUCUGUGGGACAACUUUCUCCAACUCAGCGAUGCGGAGGAAAUCUUCUUAAUGGGGGUUGGAAACGCAUACCUUGGUGUCAAGAUGCUUCUCAUUAACAGAGACUGCAAAGCUAGAAUAUCCGGCAUCGUCAAUUUUGUUACGGGCAGCUUGCGCCCCAUCAAGUCUGACAUUGAUACAGAGCUCUCAUCCUGGUACAAAGACAAUUCCCGCGUCUAUGUUGCCGGCGAUCACGCCUGCUGGUCGGACUAUGACCUGACGCGCAAGGUGCAGAAACGGCGCUUUGGCACAGUCGUCCGCAGCGAAAUGAUUGGCCUGAAUAAGAUGAUGCGCGCACAUGCUGAAGAAACACAUGAAUGGAUCAUGGAACGUGUCACUGAUACCCGUGGAGAGACGACUGAGGAUGAGAAGUCUCCGCAAUAA